GCCCGAGCGGCUGUCAAGCAGCUGUCUCGGCCUCCUCCUCCCACCCAGAGCCCGCACGCUGACGCCGCGCGCCCGCCUCCGGACUGCCGGCUCACGCCCUCCGCCGUGCGCGCUGCGCGCUCCAGUCCCGCGGCCUCGCUGGCAGCUGCGCGCGGACGCGGGAGAGCCGAGCCGGGACAAGCCUCGCGGGACCCGACGUCUCCCGCGGCCCUCGCCACCCGGCGGGCGAGCUCGGACUGUCCGCAGAGGCGGAGGUGCGCGCAGCCCGGCGUCGCGAGGCACCCAGGCGUCUGCACGCCGGAGCCCUGCGUGUCCCCUGUCAUGACCCGGAGCCCUCGUCUUUAGGACUGCCGACCAGACUCCCAGAAAUCAUGCUGGUAGGAUCCCAGUCCUUCUCUCCAGGAGGGCCCAAUGGGAUCAUCAGAAGCCAGUCUUUUGCAGGGUUCAGCGGGCUUCAGGAAAGACGGUCCAGGUGUAACUCCUUCAUCGAAAAUUCCUCUGCUCUCAAGAAGCCCCAGGCCAAGCUGAAGAAAAUGCACAAUUUAGGGCACAAAAACAACAACCCUCCCAAAGAACCUCAGCCUAAAAGGGUGGAGGAGGUCUACAGGGCCUUGAAGAAUGGACUUGAUGAGUAUCUGGAGGUUCACCAGACGGAGCUGGACAAGCUGACGGCACAGUUAAAAGAUAUGAAGAGAAACUCUCGCCUGGGUGUGCUGUAUGAUCUAGACAAGCAAAUUAAAACGAUUGAAAGGUACAUGAGACGCCUGGAGUUCCACAUUAGCAAGGUAGAUGAGCUCUAUGAAGCUUAUUGUAUCCAGCGACGCCUCCAAGAUGGUGCCAGCAAGAUGAAGCAAGCCUUUGCCAGUUCCCCAGCCAGCAAAGCCGCGCGCGAGAGUCUGUCCGAGAUCAACCGGAGCUUCAAGGAGUACACAGAGAACAUGUGCACCAUUGAGGCGGAGCUGGAGAACCUGCUGGGGGAAUUCUCCAUCAAGAUGAAAGGCCUGGCCGGCUUCGCUCGCCUCUGCCCCGGAGAUCAGUAUGAGAUUUUCAUGAAGUACGGCCGGCAGCGGUGGAAGCUGAAAGGCAAGAUAGAAGUCAAUGGCAAGCAGAGCUGGGAUGGAGAAGAGAUGGUUUUCCUGCCCCUGAUAGUGGGGUUCAUUUCCAUUAAGGUCACAGAGCUCAAAGGGCUGGCGACCCACAUCCUGGUGGGCAGUGUCACCUGCGAGACCAAGGAGCUGUUUGCAGCCCGGCCUCAGGCGGUGGCCGUGGACAUCAACGACCUCGGCACGAUCAAGCUCAACCUGGAGAUCGCCUGGUAUCCCUUUGAUGUGGAUGACACGGCACCAUCGUCCGGUGCAGGGAACAAGGCGGCGGCCCUACAGCGGAGGAUGUCCAUGUACAGCCAGGGCACCCCCGAGACGCCCACCUUCAAGGAUCACUCCUUCUUCAGGUGGCUGCUCCCUGGCCCAGACAAGCCCCGCCGGCUGUCUGUCUUGAGCACUUUGCAGGACGCUUUGCUUGCCAAGCUGCGCCGCAGCCGCUCCUUCAGCGACCUGCCCUCCCUCAGGCUCAGUCCCACGGCCGUGCUAGAGUUUUCUUCGAAUCUGCCCGAUGACAUCUUCGAAGAUGGGAAGGCAGCCGAAGAGAAAAUGCCGCUGUCUCUCAGCUUCAGUGACCUCCCCAGCGGGGACUGCUCCCUCACCCCCGGCCCAGCAGGCUCUCCCCCGAGCCCGGGCCGGGCGAAUCCCGAAAUCACCAUCACCCCUGCAGAGCUGACCCCGAGCGAGGACCCGGAUGGCAGCGGCUCAGCCUCUGCCAGGAACUCCACGGGAGAAGGCUGCGGUCCCAGGCCCCGACCGAGGGGAGACACGAAGGUGUCCGAGCCGCCCGAGGCUGCCGGGCAGCUGGCAGGGGCUGCGCCCGAGCCCCUGUUCCUGCAGGAUGCUGUCGCCCAGGCACUUCUGCGAGAGUCCGAGGAGGCCUCUGAGCUCAAGCCCGUGGAACUGGACGCCUUUGAAGGGAACAUCACGAAGCAGCUGGUGAGGAGGCUCACCUCGGCGGAGGUGCCCCUGGCCGCCGAGAGGCCGCCUUGCGAAGGCUCUGUCGGGGGCGACUCGGAGGGCUCCAGGUCCUUUCUGGAUGGAAGUCUAGAGGAUGCCUUCCAUGGGCUUUUCCUGGCCCUGGAACCACACAAAGAACAGUACAAAGAAUUUCAGGAUCUGAACCAAGAAGUCAUGCAUUUGGAUGAUAUUCUCAAAUGCAAGCCCGCAGGAAGCCACAGCAGGUCUUCCAGUUUCAGCCUCACAGUUGAAAGUGCUUUGGAGAGCUUUGAUUUCCUGAACACCUCUGAUUUUGAUGAGGAGGAGGAUGGUGAUGAGGUUUGUAACAUUGGAGGAGGUGCAGACUCAGUAUUUUCUGAUACUGAGACUGAGAAAAAUAGUUACAGGUCAGUUCAUCCAGAAGCUCGUGGGCACCUUAGCGAAGCGCUGACCGAAGACACCGGAGUUGGGACGAGUGUGGCAGGAAGCCCUCUCCCCCUGACCACGGGGAAUGAAAGCCUGGACAUCACCAUCGUCAGACACCUGCAGUACUGCACCCAGCUCGUGCAGCAAAUUGUCUUCUCAAGCAAAACCCCAUUUGUGGCAAGAAAUCUCUUAGAGAAACUUUCAAGGCAGGUCCAAGUGGUGGAGAAACUGGCCGCCGUCAGUGAUGAGAACAUAGGGAACAUCAGUUCCGUCGUCGAAGCCAUUCCAGAAUUUCACAAAAAGCUGUCUCUGCUGUCAUUCUGGACCAAGUGCUGUGGCCCGGCUGGCGUGUACCACAGCUCGGCUGACAGGAUCGUGAAGCAGCUGGAGGCCAGCUUCGCCAGGACCGUCGACAGAGAGUGCCCGGGACUGGCAGGCCCAGUGUUCCGAACACUCGUGUCCCAAAUUCUGGACCGGGCUGAGCCUCUGCUUGCCACCAGUCUCUCCUCCGAAGUGGUCACCGUGUUCCAGUUCUACAGUUACUUCUCCAGCCACGGCGUGAGUGACCUGGAGAGCCACCUAAGCCAGCUGGCCAGGCAAGUCUCUGUGGUUCAGGCUCUGCAGUCGCUGCGAGGAGAGAAGCUGCUGCAGACUGUGAGUGACUCGGCUCCGGGCCACCUCCCCGCCCAGCAGGAAGUCCUGGGGACCUUGGCUGUGCUGCUAACCGGGGGCGAUAGCGAAGUAAGCGAGGCUGUGACGCUGUACUUGGCAGCUGCUUCCAAGAAUGAGAAUUUCAGGGAAAAGGCCUUGCUCUAUUACUGUGAAGCCCUGACCCAGACAAACCUGCAGCUGCAGAAGGCGGCCUGCCUGGCCCUGAGGAGCCUCCAGGCUACGGAAAGCAUUAAGAUGCUGGUGACCCUGUGUCAGUCGGACACCGAGGAGCUCAGGAGUGUGGCCUCCGAGACCCUCUUGUCCCUUGGGGAAGCUGGCCGCCUGGCCUAUGAGCAGCUGGACAAAUUUCCUCGAGACUGUGUAAAAGUCGGAGGUCGGCAUGGGGCCGAAGUGGCCACCGCCUUUUGAUGACGCGUCCGCUCUGCCCGACAGCCGGCUCACCGCCUGGCCCCUGCUGCAAAGUGUUUCCAGCGUGAAGGGUUCGCCGCUGAGGUUGGCUGGAAAUUGAACAUGUCGCCGGAAGCCUUGUGAGUUCAGAUUCACAGAACCGAUGUACUUUCCCUUUGGCUGACAGCACAGGGCUGUGUGUAACUCAGUAAACGACAUCAUCGGUUGUGUCAACAGUACUCGAUGCAAGUAUUUACCGUCUUACCUUGAUAGGUAUGAAAUUUUAAAAUCGCCAUCUUUGUACUUUUUUGGAAAUUCUAUAAGCUUGAAAUAGUCACGCGGUAUUUCCAUAAAUAUCCAAUGCCUUGCUGUUUGUUUUUUUUUUCUGUCGUGGUCUCAGGGUUGUGUGAUCCCUUUAGUGACCUGAUUUUACUUUAAAUAUGAAGCACAAAAAAAAAGAGAAUUUCUUUAGACAAAAAUUUGCCUGCAGAACCUGGCAAAAUGGCCUACUGUAAGAGUGUAAUUUUUUAACUUCACUGUUGUAAGCUCCCACUGUAUCUUUUGUUUCUUUUCUUGAUCUUGAAAAUUCCAAACCUGUGUUUCCAUUGUGCAACAAAGACAGGUAGACCUCCCUUAGGGAGAUGACGUUCAUACUCUUAAAAGCAAACAGGAAACUCAAAGCUUCGGCUUUAUUUUUUUGUUUAAUUAACAAAAGCCAUUUUUUUAUGAUACUCUUACCUUAGAGGUAUUUUGCUGCUAAGACAAAUCAAAACCAAAAGCUGUGCAUUCAGAAAACUGUGAUACUCCUCCAGGCGGAAGAGCCUGGCUCUGAAGGACCCAAUGGGGCAGGAGUGGAGGGUCAGUAAAAGUGGGCCCUGGCCGGCCCCGCGGCUCACUAGGCUAAUCCUCCUCCUGCGGCGCCAGCACCCCGGGUUCUAGUCCCGGUUGGGGCACCAGAUUCUGUCCCGGUUGCUCCUUUAAAAAAAAAUAAAAGCGGGCCCUGCUUCCCGCGCUGAGCCAGAGGGGUGCCCUGAGGGAUGGAGCCUGGCCGCAGAGAAGUCACUCACAGCCAGGUGGGAGCCACUGGCCAAACAGAACAACUGCUCCUGGAACUGCUUCAGCGUCAGGGUAGCAAGUGCAUUAAGCGAAGUGGAAACCGCCCAGUAGCUUUUCCUAAGCCACUUUUCUUCCUCUGAAGAGUAUACCAGGUGAGGUAUGCCAAGGUAUUAAACAGUGUGCGUGACCGUAAUUUAAACUGUGGAAUAUCAGCUGUUAUCUCUGGAUGUGUUCAUAUAAAAUAUCACUUGGAUGUCAUUUUAAAUAUUUACAUUUUAGCAAGACUUUUAAAAAAGGAUUCAUUUCAUUUUAAAGUGGGAACUGCUUGCCAAGCUUCUGGCAAAACAGUUCUUUCAACUGUGAAGUCAUAAUGUACAUAUUUGUAUAUUUAUAAAUAUUAUAUAUACACACAUCUAUGCUUCAUUUUAAGGUACACUGUACAGUCCAUAGUUGGUGUGUAUAAUUUGUGGUCUAAAUGGUUGAAAUGGUUCUUUUUAUAGAAAGUCAAAUCCCAGAUGUUCCAGGAUUUCUGUUUGGUUUGUUUCUGUUUGGUUUUUUAAAAUUUUUCGAAUAUCGCAUGCAUAAUUCCGUGACUUUUGUAUUCACUUCUGCAUAUUAUUUUUGGUUGAUGGGUGCUUUUCGUUUUGUGGCAUUUGUAUUCAUCACUCAAUCAUGGAAGUUAAAAUAAAAUUAUUUUUGAAUUACUA